AUGCCACCAAGCAAGCGAAGAAAGAGCGUUCUGCCGGCUGGGGAUCAAGACGGAAGGGCUAUGCGCGGCGAUGGCCGCAAGCUGGCUCAUAAGUUCAACAUCUUCCAGGAGAUUUCCUCUGAGGAUGAUGAUGGCGAGCUUGAGAAGGAGCGGCGCGGCCUUACCGUGGAACAGAUCCUGGAAAGGAGUCCAAAGUAUGCGGACAAGUUCUUGGACAAGGUGAAGCCUUUGCUGAUUGACCCCAAGGUCAGCAAAGUAGCAGCGGGAGGCGCUUUCACAAUGCUUGAGGAGCCGCAACUGAUGCCCUUGCUGAAUGAGAGUUCCAAGUCAGUUCAGCGCCACAUCCGCAAGUGUCGGACUGCGCUGAAGCAAAUGAAUUGGGCGAUGACUUCUCUGCUGGCACACAAGGACAGCCCUUGGCGCGGCCUCGAAGUGAAGGGCUCCCUGGCUGAGCACGGAUGCGUGAAGCUUCUGGAGCUCAUGAAGUCAGGUAUGGCCGUGGGAAAAUUCAGCGAGGUGCACGAGGAGGAGUUUGCAAAACUCAUGGACAACCUGCACAGGUUGUACAUGGACAUCUUCGAGCGUCGCGGUCAGGAGCUGCUGAAGGCUGCGAUUCAGUCAGAGCUGAACGUCAUCUACCUGCUGCCGGAAAGCGGGGGCCGCUUCCCGGAUGGGUCCCGCGUUCUUCUUCAGGACCUCGCAGCAAGAGCAGAUCUCAACGGUAAAGCGGGGAAGAUCAUGGCGUGGGAUUUCGCCCUUCAGCGCUACACCGUUGAGAUCGAGAAGGAAGAGAAGAAGAAGGAUGCGGAAGCUCCGGCAAACCCCGACAUGUUUGGUCUCGGGGAUGUCGAAGACGAGGAAGAGGAUGACACGGAGAAGAAUCAGAUCGAGUUGGCCGUGCCGAAGAAGCUGAUGGUUCUGCCAAAGAAUGUCUUGGUCGAUUUGAAGCCUCCGAAGGGUGAGCUCGAUCGUCUUGUCAAGGAUUGGAAUGUGUGGCGAAAGCGACCGCGAUCUGUCAGUGCUAGUCAGGAUGCGGAAGCUGUGGCUGCAGCUUUGGGACCUCCUCUGGAGUCCAUGGCAAACUUUCUGCAGGAUGCUGCGCAAGCGGUGGGCACCGGGUUAGCAACCGGCCGGGAUGGUGUGGAGCUCAUCGCAGAUGAAUGCAGACAGGCGCUCUCCAGCGCUCGCAACCUUGCAGCCAAGCUGUUGGGCGAAGAGCCGCAGGAGCCGCCAAAGCCGCCGCCUCUCAACGAGCCGGCACCUGCAUUGGUGCCCUUCCAAGGGGAGACCGUCUCCCAGGCGUUGAAAGAAGCAGCCGAAGUUGCACAAGCCAGCAUCGAACUGAACAAG